AGACACUAUGGGCAGUUCGUCGGAGUGUCUGCUUCGCCAUGUGGAGGAUAGAGAGUAGAAAAGUUCGUUUUUAGUUCGUUUAUUUAUCGUCGUCUGUUGUUCUUUUGCUACUUUUUCGAACGGAGUCGGAAAUAGAACGUUGGCGACGUUCUAUUCUUUUAAAUUCGACUGCGCGAGACACUAACCGUUUUUUUAAAAAAAGAAAAGGGUGGCAGCUGUUGGAGGACAAGAAUUCAUUUUACCCAACAAACUUUCCUAAACCGAUAACGGAGUGAAGUCUAAAAAGUUUUUUUGAAAAAAAAAAUUAUAAUAAUAAUAAUAAUUUUGAGUUGAACUUGUCUGCCAGCUUUGCCCCGUCACCAUGGAGAGGCACGACUGUCACUCAGCAACACGCGAGUAUCCACAUCCGUUCAUUCACGAGGUGAAGAUGACGAGGACACAGAAGAUAAGGGGCAUCAUCCUGGGCAGCAUCCUCUUCCCUCUCCGCGUCACCCUGGCAGCCAUCUGCUUCCUCAUCAUGUGGCCGAUUGCCAGGCUACGAUUGGCCGGCCUGUCCGAGGAGGAACGCUCUCGGCCCGUCACAGGCUGGAGGCUCUGGCUCUUCUACGGGAUCAUCAAGUGGCUGAGCCGAGGCGUUUUCUUCUCCCUGGGCUUCUAUUGGUUGAAGGUCAAGGGUCGUAGGGCGGACAAGAAGGAGGCACCAGUUCUGGUAGUGGCGCCUCACAGCGGCUUUCUGGAUAUGCUGGUUCUGUUUCCAGCCGAGCUGGCUACGGUGGUGUCGCGGUCAGAGAACAGCAGCCUACCGGUCAUAGGAGCUCUGCUGGAGUUUAAUCAGGCUGUGCUGGUGAGCAGAAAGGAUCCAGAGUCGAGGAAAAAGGCCGUCACGCAGGUCACAGAGAGGCUGACUUCCAACGGGUACUGGCCACAGAUGCUGAUGUUUCCUGAGGGAACCACAACAAAUGGCAGCGCUCUCAUCAAAUUCAAACCUGGUGCCUUCCUCGCCGGAGUCCCAGUUCAACCUGUUCUGUUGCAUUACCCCAACAAGCUGGAUACCGUUCGCUGGACGUACAAAGGAACAACCUGGGUUGAGGCUCUGUGGCACACGACUUCUCAGUUCUACACCAACAUGACUGUCGAGUUCCUGCCAGUUUACAACCCGUCCGAGGAGGAAAAGAGCGACCCCAUCCUGUACGCAGACAACGUUCAGAAACUCAUGGCCAAGGCCCUCGGAAUCCCAGCUACAGAUUAUGUGAUGGAGGGACGGGUUCCCGUCAGUAAACUCGGCGGUCUCUCUCUCCCGCUGGAGUCUGCUGCCAGAGAAACACUGUCCCUGUUACACAGAGACGGUCUGGAAGCGCAUGAAGUGGAAGCAGCGCUGGACAGAAUGAUUGACAGGUGUCAGUCAGGAGCUCAGGGGUCAAAGGUCAGCGCAGAGGAGCUGGCCUCUAUCCUCGGGCUGACGGACAGACAGACAGCCGUCACUAUCUGCAGCCUCUACUCCAAGGAUGAAAUAGUGGACCUGAGGCAGGUCUAUUUGAGCGUUUCCGCUCUGUCAGGAUUUGUCAGCUUCAAGUCGCUACUUCACACUGCUUUUACUCUGUUUGACAGAGACGGCAGAGGCAGUCUGAGUGCAGAGCAGCUGUCGGACCUCAUGGCGGCGCUGCUGGGUUUUCCUCAGCACCACACUGAGGAGCUUUACACACAAGCCUCCAGUGACGGCCAGCUGACAGAGGAAAAUCUCCUGCGAGUUCUGACGACCCACUCGACCUAUCAGAGAGUGGUGAACGAGUACAUGCAGCCCGAGGAGGCGGGCGCCGCGCUGGCCAACGGGAAGGCUGUGAACAACAACGGAAACUUGCACAACGGCAACGGAUCCCUCCACUACAGAAAGAAGUUUGAAUGAGGACUUUUUUGUUUUUUACAAGAUGUUCAGUCAAGUUUAAACCCAAAUAAUCGAUGACAAAGGAUUGUAUUUUUUAAGUUUGAUGCUUGUGUGAGUGUUUGGAUGCAUGGAUGUAUUUUUAAAACUACACUACUGUAACAUUUUACCAAAAUUAGCAAUAUUAACAUUAUAAAACCAAAGAAUGAUGACAAUGACUCUCUGAGGUGUGUGUGUGUGUGUGUGUGUGUGUGUGUGUGUGUGGUGUGUGUGUGUGUGUGUGUGUGUGUGUGUGUGUG